ACAUAUGGAUGUUGAUUCAUCAAUGAAUUAUGACCAAGUCAAACUAGCUAUUUUACAGAAGUAUGAUAUCAACAGUGAAACCUACAGGCAAAGAUUCCGUUCUCUUCAGGUGGAGCCUGAAGAAACCCCAAAAGAGCUCUAUACAAGGUUAAAAGAGCUGUAUGGAAAAUGGGUGCAACCUAAGGGUAAAACAGUUGAACAAAUCAAUGAAAUUAUGAUUCUUGAGCAGUAUUUGAGAAUGUUGUCACCAGAAUUACAGGUGUGGAUAAAAGAGCAUAACCCGAAGACUGCAAAGGAGGCGGCUGAACUUGCUGAUGUUUUUGUGGCUGCAAGGAGGAAGAACUCAUCUUGGGCUUUACAAAGCUGGAAAAAGGAUGACCACAGGCAGCCUUUAGCCCAACAGGUUUCAGCUGUGGAUGUGUUUUGUGCCCAGGGAAGAGACUCUAAAGCCUGGAGCAAUGCAGCCAUUUAUGGAGACCUUUGUGGAACUCAACGGUCAGGUACUGAAGGCUCUGAUUGAUACAGGGAGCACACAGACCUUGGUCCAGCAAAGGUAUGUUUCACCCCAAUCUGUUUGCACCAGUGAAACAGUCCCAAUUCAUUGUGUCCAUGGCGAUGAAAGGAAGUAUCCAACAGCAGAUGUCUAUGUGACUGUAAAAGGACAAACUUACCUUCUUAAUGUUGGAGUAGCAGAAAACUUGCCAUUUCCAAUUAUCCUUGGUAGGGACCUACCAGUGCUUAUUGACCUGAUACAUUACCCUCAGUGUAAUGUUGUUCUAACUCGGGCUCAAGCAAAGCAGUCUGAGGAAAUGGUUUCUGACCUUAGUACAUUGCCAUUUUACAAUGUGGAAUUUUCAACAGAGAAAAUCAAGGUCAGGAAGUCCAAAGCCUUGCGGAGGAGAGAAAAGUUUCAAGGGACGGUGGUAGUUCCCUCUGAAUUGCCGCAGCCUGAGGUACUCCAAGAU